CGCCCAAGGUAAUAGUUCAUCUCCGUCUCCCAUCCCUCGAGCUCACGCACCUUCCUGCCGAGUUUGAGCCGGUCCUGCCUCAGAGUGAGGGUUAAAGUACCGGGCUCUUUUUCGCAGGCGUUCAUGUGAUACUCGAGAUAGUCUGAAUUAAGCAGCCGGUGCUCAUUUGGAAGACUGCUGCCCUCUUUCUCUCCGUCGCGUGUGUUGGGCUCCUUUUCUUGGGGCAUGCCUCUGUGUUGCUGUUCAUGGUAAAGAUGCCUCUCUGACUGACUUCUGUUCACCGGCUGUACACAUUGAGGGUGUGGGAUGGCUCUACAUGGCCUCAGUAGGGCCAGAUGCCUAUAGCCUAAGCCUCAAGAGGGGGAACCAGUUCCCGGUGGGCCUUUCAUCAGGGCUGACAGUGCCUCCACUCACAGCAAAACUUCAUGAGAAUAAGGCCUGGUACCUUGCUAAGCAGCAGGUGAAGCCCAUUUGGCAGCUGGAAUAUAAUCAUGUGACUACUUUUCUGGAUCAUCACCAGAUCCACUCAGGGAUCUCUUCGCAGCAUCCCCGUCUUUUAUAUCCAGAAUCGUUAUGUAGUGAGGCAGUUCUUCUGAGCCCACCUCCACCUCAGCCCCACUCUCUCCCAAACUUUCUUGGUAGCACCUUGCUGUAUCGGCGCUCUUACUUCAGACACAAGCCAUACCGGCGGCUUGAGUCCAUCUGCUUGCAGCCUAGUACUUUGGAGACAAAACCUCUUCGCAUCCCACCCCCACCUACUUACCGGUCUGUUCUCAGCAACACCAUGUCAUCAUCAACUGUGGAUCCAUGCCUUCUGCCUAAUACUGUUGGUGGGCACUCCAGUCCAGUGUCAAAAGGGUUUCCUCUCGGCUCAGGGAAGCAGGGCUCCAGUGCAUAUAGACCAGUGCUGAACAACAACUCUUUCCUGAGGCCAACUAGUGCUAAAGUGCCUUUGCAGCACCCCCAUCUACCGCUGCCACCAGAAAACAAGAAGCUCAAAGGCUUUUCAAGGCCUCCGGGAUUCUCGUGGACCCAUUCUGGAGGAAAUGGGGAUGGCUCUCCUGUGAACUUUGAGAGGAAAUUUGGGAAAGGCAGCAGCUACUCUCUUGAACAAGUUAGUGCCAAAUCUUCUCGCUCACCUGUACACAAUGGUCUGGUUCCCAAAGCAGAACGCCCCUCUUGGAGACUUGAGGACGGUGAAAAUAGGUCACAGAACCUGAAAGAACAAGAUGUGCGGUUGAUGGAAGCCAUGAGGAAGCUGACUUCAAGUGGUAUCCGGAAGGUUAGUACAUUCAAUGAAUUUGGUCACCGCAUUGACAACUCCUGUUUUAUGAAUACAAACUUCCAUUCCAGUCUGUUCAGUCGAUGGAAACCACACAUUGUAGCACAGAUCACUCCAAAGGAAGUACCAGCUGCCACCUCCUUGAAUCUGGAGCCUGGUAGUUGCCACCAGAGCCUUUCAGGCACUGAAGUUGCUGAUGUCUGCAGUAAUCGUGUUGCUUUGCGUUUCCUUGGCUCAAAUCCUGAACCUUCCAACCACAGCACCUCAAGUCAAUCAGUCAGCUCUCCAUCGGUGAACACUGCAGAACAGGUGCUAAAAACAGAGCUAUCCCCACGAACUGCUGUCUCUGAGGUAGAGACAAAAAUUUCCUCUCUCCAGUUGGGCACAGAUACAAAUUGGGGGCAGCCUACUACUAUGAAAGAUACUGAAGCUGCAGUCAGUUUGCCCGUGCUGGACCAAGCAGAAGUGGAAGAUGUGGAGGAAGAACUCCCUGAUGGCUUAGAAGAUGCUUGCAGUCAAGAUGAAGAGGUGGAAGAGGAGGAUGGGGAAGGUGAAUCAGAUGGCUCAUCAUCAUCUGGCUUAUCUCCCAAUGGUUCUGUGGCUAUCAUAUCCAGGAAUUGCAUUGAGGGGUUGGUGCCUCCACUUGAGGGGCAAGAGCGAAUUCUCAAGCCAGCUCUCAUAUGCAGCCUGUUCCCUACUGUGUCUCCCACCUUGUAUUUUGGUACCCGGGAUGAGAGAGUGGAGAAGCUCCCUUGGGAACAGAGGAAGAUGCUGCGAUGGAAGAUGAGUACAGUGACUCCCAACAUUGUGAAGCAAACCGUCGCCAGGUCCCACUUCAAAAUUAGCAGGAGAAACAAUGACUGGCUGGGCUGCUGGGGCCAUCACAUGAAAUCUCCUGGGUUCAGGGUUAUCAGAGAGCAUCAGAAGUUGAACCACUUUCCUGGCUCUUUUCAAAUUGGUCGGAAGGACCGUCUGUGGAGAAAUGUGUCCAAAAUGCAGCAGCGCUUUGGGAAGAAGGAGUUCAACUUUCUGCCCCAGUCCUUUAUCCUCCCUCAAGAUAUCAAGCUGCUGAAGAAGGCUUGGGAAGAUUGUGGGAGUCGCCAGAAAUGGAUUGUGAAGCCGGUGGGAGCCCACAGACACUCUGAUACAGAUAUGGAUGCUCUUUGGAGUCCUUUGCUGUGGACAGCUGUGCUGUUCUCUGCCUAUCCCAGCAAUGCAAACACAUCCCGUCUGUUCCCCUCUUGCAACUGUACAUGCUUGUUUUCCAGAUACAUUUUCUCUGAGCCAGCAUCAGCUAGAGGCAUUGGAAUUCAAGUUAUCCAUAAGUGGAGCCAGUUGCCAAAGCGCAGGCCACUGCUGGUGCAAAGGUACAUACAUAAACCCUACCUCAUUGGUGGCAGUAAGUUCGACUUAAGGAUUUAUGUUUACGUCACAUGCUAUGAUCCACUUCGUGUCUACUUGUUCAAAGAUGGACUUGUUCGUUUUGCCAGUUGCAAAUAUUCCUCCUCUAUGAAGAGCCUCAACAACAAAUAUAUGCACCUGACCAAUUACAGUAUCAACAAGAAGAAUACUGAAUACAAAUCCAAUGCAGAUGAAACAGCUUGCGAAGGUCACAAGUGGGCACUGAAGGCGCUCUGGAGCUAUUUGUCCCAGAAAGGAAUCGACAGCGAGGCCAUCUGGGAGAAGAUAAAAGACAUUGUUGUCAAAACAAUUAUUGCAUCAGAGCCCUACAUAACCAACCUUCUAAAGAUGUAUGUACGGCGCCCUUACUGUUGCCAUGAGCUUUUUGGGUUUGAUGUCAUGCUGGAUGAGAACCUUAAGCCAUGGAUCCUGGAAGUCAAUAUCUCUCCUAGCCUUCAUUCAAACUCUCCUCUAGAUGUAAGCAUCAAAGGCCAAAUGGUCCGGGAUGCCCUUAACUUAGCUGGCUUUCUGUUGCCGAGUCCGGAAGAUGUGGCAUCACCCUCUGGAAGUGCCAGCAGCUCUACAACCAGUUUGAAUAGUAUCAUGAAGGAGAAGAACAGGUCAUCUGCAGAGAUGUUCAUUGCUGAGAAGACAAAGAAAGCUUAUUACCUGACCCAGAAAGUGCCUGAUCAGGAAUUCUACUCCACCAUCCUGGAUGUCCUAACUCCAGAUGACGUACGUGUCCUAGUGGAGACAGAGGAUGAGUUUGCUCGGCGUGGGCAGUUUGAGCGAGUCUUCCCCUCACGCUUAUCCAUGCACUACCUGCGCUUCUUUGAGCAGCCACGAUACUUUAAUAUCCUUACUGCCCAGUGGGAGCUGAAAUACUUCUUGAAUAAGGCCAAAGGGGUGGACCUGCUCAGAAACUGGUGUUACAAAGGCUAUCACAAUGGAGUAGUGACAGAUUCCACAGUGAUGUGGACACUGCCAAGACCCCACCUCUACCUGAAAAAUGAUCUCCAGGUGAAUGGCUUGAGCAAGACAGAGUCAGGCAGAACCAGCAAAGUUCUUGUUCAGCGAGAUGGAGAAGAGUCAUCCCGAAGCUCUGAGCCAAACUCUUGUACUCAAAGUUUACCUCAGAUUAAAUUUACAGCUGGAACUCUCAAGAAAUCAAUGCUCCCGCUGGCCCUCAGCAACUCCAGCCUGGUAAAGUGACAAGGGACUGAGCUGAGUGGCCAACUUCCCCCUCUUGCAGUGUCAGGAGGGGCAUCUGUGACCUACCUCAGUGGAAGUCAGGAAAGCCAGCAUGGAAAGCAUGGAGAGGAGCUCGUGUCCGGCAUGCCCACUGCAGAACUUUUUUUUUUUUGGAGGGGGAGUUGGGACAAAGAAGAGAUGCUUUACAUGGUCAAAAGGGACAAAUAUUCUGUAUAGAGUUUUUUUUAUUUUAAUGGCAAAGGAAGUUUCUAAACACAGACGCUUGGAAAACCUA